AGGUCCGGCUCCGCUAUGAGCCGGUGCGCCGAGGCGGCGGCCGUGGCGGCCACGGUGCCGGGCGCGGGCGUCGGGAACGCGGGGCUGCGGCCACCGAUGGUGCCCCGUCAAGCGUCCUUCUUCCCACCGCCCGUGCCCAACCCCUUCGUGCAGCAGACGCGGAUGGGCGCAGCGAGGCGCAUCCAGAGUUUUUUUCUCGGAAUUAUCCUGGUUCCAGUUCGUGCCUUAUUGCUUGCAUUCGUUUUGUUACUGGCGUGGCCAUUUGCUGCAAUUUCAACAAUGUGCUGUCCUGAAAAGCUGACCCAUCCAAUAACUGGUUGGAGGAGGAAAAUUGCACAACCCGUCUUGAAGUUGCUGGGUCGUGCCAUGUUCUUCUCGAUGGGGUUUGCAGUCCGUGUGAAAGGGAAGAUUGCAAGCCCGGCGGAAGCACCGAUUUUUGUCGUUGCCCCUCACUCGACCUUCUUUGAUGGGAUCGCCUGUGUCGUGGCGGGGUUGCCCUCCAUGGUUUCUCGCAAUGAGAACGUGCAGGUGCCUCUGAUCGGCACACUGUUACGGGCUUUGCAGCCGGUGUUGGUAUCCCGCGUGGACCCGGAUUCCCGAAAAAACACAAUAAAUGAAAUAAUAAGGCGAGCAACCUCCGGAGGGGUAUGGCCCCAGAUACUAGUUUUCCCAGAAGGUACUUGUACUAAUCGCUCCUGUUUGAUUACUUUUAAACCAGGAGCCUUCAUCCCAGGGGUGCCCGUGCAGCCCGUCCUGCUCCGGUACCCGAACAAGCUGGAUACUGUGACUUGGACAUGGCAAGGAUAUACAUUCAUUCAGCUCUGUGUGCUCACCUUCUGCCAGCCCUUCACGAGGGUGGAAGUUGAGUUCAUGCCUGUUCAAGCCCCGAAUGAUGAAGAAAAAAGAGAUCCUGUCCUUUUUGCUGGUAGAGUCCGGACUUUGAUGGCUGAAGCGCUGGAUAUCCCAGUGACGGAUCACACCUAUGAAGACUGCAGACUGAUGAUCUCAGCGGGACAGCUCACACUGCCCAUGGAAGCCGGGCUGGUGGAAUUUACCAAAAUCAGCCGGAAAUUGAAAUUGGAUUGGGAUGGUAUCCGCAAGCAUUUGGAUGAAUAUGCAGCUAUUGCGAGUUCCUCGAAAGGAGGAAGAAUUGGAAUUGAAGAAUUUGCAGAGUAUUUGAAGUUGCCUGUUUCUGAUGUGCUGAGACAACUUUUUACGCUCUUUGACAGGAACCACGACGGCAGCAUCGACUUCCGGGAGUAUGUGAUCGGCCUGGCUGUCCUGUGCAACCCCGCCAACACGGAGGAGAUCAUCCAGGUGGCAUUUAAGCUCUUUGAUUUGGAUGAGGAUGGCUACAUAACCGAGGAUGAGUUUUCCACAAUUCUGCAGGCUUCCCUCGGGGUGCCUGACCUUGACGUUUCUGGUCUCUUCAAGGAAAUAGCCCAGGGGGAUUCUAUCUCCUACGAGGAAUUUAAAAGUUUUGCCUUAAAGCAUCCAGAAUAUGCGAGGAUAUUUACGACGUACUUAGACCUCCAGGCGGGCUAUGUGUUUUCAUUGCCAGAGCAAGGCCAGGCAGCUCCCUCCAUCACAAGUAAUAAAGUCAGUCCUGAGAAUCACAACGGGGGUCCCUCAGACAAGAAAGACGACUGAACGCAAGUGUUCCCGAAGGAGAACGAACUGGCUUCUCCCUGAAAUCAUGAAGGCAUUUACUGAUAGUAUUGUAAAUACGAUUUCUUGAGUAAUGAUGAUGUAUAAAAUGGAAAGCUUUGCCCUGGCCAGGUGGUUCAGUUGGUUGGAGCACCGUCCCGUGCACCAAAUGGUUGUGGGUUCGAUCCCUGGCCGAGGCAUGUGUGGGAGGCCA